CACCCGCCAGCUGAGUGGUUUAAUAACUUCACGCUGGAGUUACGGACGGUUUUCACUCGGUUUUCAAAGUUGACGAAACGAUAUUUAAAGACGGGCCAUCUUUAAUCACACAGCUGCCGCUUCUCAUUCUUCUUUAGAACGAGCUCAUGCUCAUUAUUCACAGAAGUGAGUUUAUUCUGAGCACGUUAAUUCACCGUGGUUUAUUGUGAGCACAUUGGAUAACAACACGGAGGGGACACACUCGUAAUGUGUAAACACUCAGGAACACUAUGGAGCGAGAGGAGGGUCAAAAAGGGUCGUGUCCUCAGCGCUGCCGGGCGUUCAUUUUUAAAAGCCCACAGUAUGGUUACAACUAUAUUUCGUUUCAGGACAUAAGGCUGGUAAAUCAUUUAAAAAACAAGAUAAGAUAAGAUAAUCCAUAUUACCUAAGGAAACGUGCUGUGUAACAAUAACAAGGUUACUCAAAGGUUAACUAGUAAGCAACAUGCGAUACUUGUAUGUGUAAGGAAACAUGAAAAACAAAUAUAAAUGGACUAAAAACUAAUAUAUAUAAAGUGUAACAGAAUAUGUAGAUCGCAUGACAAACCAUUAAAACUAAACUGAUGUGAUCUUCUGUGCGGAAGUCUCAUUGUAAUAUGAGUUGAUCCCUAUAAUUAGAGGACAAGUACCGGUGAAUACAGGACUAACCUGUUCUGACUCACACCAUCUGACCUUUUCCUGUUGAAGCUAGAGAGUCACACGCUUCUGAAUCAGAGGUUAAUGGAAACGUCUUAUGAAGCUCAAACAGUAAUUUUAUCAUAACAAUACAAUUCAGUAAAUAAUUCUCUGUUAGAGCCUUAGCUCGUUUCAAAACUUUAGACCUCAACCUUCAUUAUAUUCAUGAGAAGGAAACAGGAGCUUAUGUCAUUAUCUUUCCGUAACUUAAAACCAACCAAGUAUGAGCACGUCGAAACUUGAAGAACGAGUAUAACACCGUUUCAGGGGAUGUAGACCCACCUAUCUUGUUCUUGUGUUCAUUCUUUCCCUCCUUACUUUCAUUGUUCCCUUUUCAUUGAACUUCACGCCCCUGCAGCAUAUGAACAACAGUGAUAUACAUGCUCCUACACCAGUAGAUGGCGCUAACUCAAUACAAAUGGCCUUCACAGCACCUUUUGGAUUUCAAAUCAACCUCAUUCACUCACAGUCUUCGGGUUUCUACUAUAACAAGGUUUGAUAUAGUGUUGGUCAGUAGAUGGCACAUAACCACGAGAGUGAUGUUUAGACUGAAGUUUCAAAUCAUUGAGAGCAUCCUUCAAGUUGAAGUUUUUAUUUAUUUUAUACAUAUAAAGUAUAGUGACAGACUUCCAUCGUCCCGCCUGUCCUCGCCACUCUGAUUAUAUCUCAGGAUCAUUAUGAGGCACUAAGGUUGGUACAAAGGCACAAUCAGAUAAGAUGGUGAAGAAGGCAAAGUUCACAUUUGCCGUGAUUUUACCAAACAUGUUUUUUGGCUAUUUGAACAUCUCAAUAUUUGCUUUGAGGGAUUUCCAAGGGAGGGAGUUUUGGCACAAACAUUUACUUGGAUUCAAAGUCUCUCUUUUGUCUUAAGAGGGAAAAGUACAAUAGUUUUGGUAAUUAAACAGUUACUCUAGAAUAAAUAUUUUUACACGCUUUUUUUUUUUUUCUUGCUACUGGUUUGUUGAUCUGUGGCAGAGUCGGUAACUCAUGUUGACUUAGAGUCUUUUGAGGGAUAUUUGAGUAUUACUCUAGUUCUCAUGGGAUUUCUUUGAUGUAUUUUGAUGCCUUUAAUGUUUAAUAAAACAAGGCAGUUUUAGUUUUCUUGAGAAUGUUCGAGAAUGCUAUCCUUUAAGUUGAUCAGUAUCUGACACUGAUGUUACUCGCUACAAAAACUAUGAUUUAUAUAAGGUAAUAUCAGAUUUUCAUACAGUUUGCUUUUGAUGAAAUUCCGUCUGUAAUAAAAAUGUUUCUGAGGGGCUUUAAUUCCCAAUGGCCACUUACGGACCCUUUCUACAUAUCUCACACUGCUGUAGGUGUUUUUUGCUUUUCAGAAAGAACAACUAUAACUCUUUAUUUCCCCGCAGACUCUCCAGUCACCUUUAAUGCAGUCGGGAUCCUGACAGCAGCAGCUAUGUUGGCGAGGACCACCCUGAGCAGAGGAAUUACUGCACUCCGCCUCAGUAAGAAUGCGACUCUGUACGUGAAUGAAGUAGCAUCUCCUGCCUCAGGAAGCCAGACCCUGGCAUCUGAAGAGCACAAACCCCUCAUGCUGAUGCUACCGUGGAUGGGUUCGCGACCCCAAGCUGUGGCCAAGUAUUGUGACAUCUACUUCCGCACCGGCUUGGAUGUGCUCGUAGUGGAGAGUGAGGUGAGACACUUCCUGUGGCCUCGCUGGGGUCUGGAUCAUGGAAAGAAUUUGAUCGAGUUGCUCCAGAGCGAACGCUUUGUGUCCCGCCCACUCCUCGUCCAUGCCUUCUCUAUCGGAGGCUACACGUUUACCCAGCUGCUGGUUCAUGUGUCCCAGGACAUGCAGAAAUAUCAGUCGCUCACAAAGAGGAUCAAAGGUCAAGUCUUUGAUAGCUUGGUGGUGGGCUCUGUGGAGAUGAUGGCCUCAGGUCUAGGAAAAACCGUGUUUCCUCGUUUGGAGUCACUGGUAAAAAAGGCGAGCAUGCUUUACUUUGGCAUGUUCGAAAAGCAAACGGUGGACUACUACAACAGAAGCAUCGAUGUGUUUUGGAACACACCAAUCCCCGCCCCCUCACUGUUCCUCUUCUGCGAGAACGAUCUGUUAAGCGACGCGCAGACUACGGUGGAAUUGAUCGACUUCUGGCGAAAGCGCGGGAUGAACAUCACCGCAAAGAAGUGGGCGGACUCAACACACGCAGGUCACCUGAAGAGACACCCACAGGAGUAUGUGGCCACACUGGAAUUAUUCCUCCAUUCACUCAACAUCGCUCCGCUGAAGGCCAAGAUGUAAGAUGGUGUCACUCGAACUUGAUUCUACAUCAGGUUGACUGUUCCUGUUUUCUUUGUUUCCCCUAAAUGUUUGUGGUCUUUUUGUGUGUGUUGCAGUAACAUUAAGAAAGCGCUUUGAUUAAUGCUUGCAGCUAUAUUUAAAUUAUACUGUAGUUCAGUUUGGAUUACAAAGCUUGUAGAAGAUAAUUAUAGACAGAGUUAAUGGGACAACUUGAACAGAGAAGGCCACAAGCACAUUUUCUGUAUGGAUCAUUUCAUUACAGAUUAACUCAACGUACUUUACAUUAAAGUGCAGACAAGAAGUUACAUGAUAUUGUAUUAAAUAACUUAGGCUUGUUUUACCGACUGUUUGAGUUUAAAAUGCUUCGUUUGGAGUGAAGAUUUGCUGACGUCAACAGAAGCAGAAACAACUGGAGUUCCUGGUAAACUUAGAAAUCAGUGUGUGAGCACUAAGACACACACAGACUCAUUAGCUGCUCCCACACAUGAAUAUUCUAUGGGAGAACGCAAAUGUCUAAGUUACUUUCUCUGAAUAUUUAUUGCCAAUGCCCUAGUAAAUUAACUGAGUGAGCCCAUGUGAGAAAACAGCCUUGACCCAAUUUAUCGGACAUUUUCUGAAGUUCCUGUCUGAAAACUGCUAUUGUUUCGUAAUUGCUUAAAGUUUGAUAAACCGUUCCAGUGUUCAAACACCCAUUACUUAAUGUUCAAUAACGUUUAUGUUUGCAUACUCAACUGAUCAGCUCCAGUUCAUACUGAGAUUAUUUUUUAUUGCUAAAGAAAUGCAAAAUGUACUUUCUAUUGCUUCAAUUCCUGAUUAUUAUCAACACACUUUAUAUGUUUGCAAUAUAUUAGAUGCUAUAUUUAUGAUAGAUUUUACAAUUACUGGUACCGUAUCUGUGUCUUUUCAGGGACUCUAUUGUGUUACACAGGAAGUGCUGCAGUGUUGUGUCUGGCAGUAGAAGAAUUGCACUAAUAGCAUUAAUAUAGAUGGAAGACUUAUAGAAACUUCAUAUUCGUAAACAUCAUGAAUAGAAACUUAAACUAUAACAUAUAUAAAAUAUAACCAGUGCCUUAAAGAAUAUGUAAUCAUUUAAUAGAAAUUCCACCAUGUAGGUUUUUGUUGAACUGGAUGAAACCCAGAUAAUAACAUCUUGAUAUAUGCAGGAGUUCAUGUGACUGUUCUUUACUAAACAAGUUGCACUACACAGAGCUUGUGGUAUGGGUUACUUGGGCGUUUUUUCCAUGUUGUGAGAUCUUUACAACUGUUUAUCUGUCUCCAUUCUUUCUAUCAAUAUUGUUUUUCCUCACGAAGUUGCAAUUAACAACUGAACACUUGAAAACCUCCGGAGAUUUUUCGAACCGUUGUCUCGCAUAACUUGAACAUCUCCUACAUUUCUGAAGUGUACUUAUAUUCCAGACUUGUAUUUAUUUAUCUUUGCUCUUGUUGGUGGUCGAGAAAUAAAUAUGUGAGCACCUUAUCUGAGGUGUGAUGGAAUUUUUUGUUCAGACUAAUUGCUAAUAAAAACAUUUUUUUAACUAACUGUAGAA